AGCCACACCAGGGCGGCCACCGGCAACGGCGCCCGCGGCUCUCUCAGGGUGGUAGCUUAGAAUCGAAGCAGACGACGGCCACAUAUAAACAGCAGCCCCGGCGCCCCUCACGCCCGCCAAAGACGCGCUCUUGCACCGCCUCGCUUGCCCUCCCCGAUCCCAUCGAUUCGCUCCGGGCGCUUGUUGCACAGGUUUCCACCGGUUGAUCGCUAUGGCUCUCCCCAACACCCCGCCCGUGGACUACCCCUGCUUCAAGCUCGUCCUUGUCGGCGACGGCGGCACCGGGAAGACGACGUUCGUGAAGAGGCACAUCACUGGGGAGUUUGAGAAGAAAUACGAACCAACGAUCGGCGUGGAGGUGCGGCCGCUGGACUUCCACACGAGCCACGGCAAGAUCAGGUUCUACUGCUGGGACACUGCCGGCCAGGAAAAGUUUGGUGGCCUCCGUGACGGUUACUACAUCCAUGGCCAGUGCGCGAUCAUCAUGUUUGACGUCACCUCCCGGCUCACCUACAAGAACGUUCCCACCUGGCACAGGGACAUCUGCAGGGUGUGCGAAAACAUCCCGAUCGUCCUGUGCGGCAACAAGGUGGACAUGAAGAACAGGCAGGUGAAGGCCAAGAUGGUGACCUUCCACAGGAAGAAGAGCCUGCAGUACUACGAGAUCUCUGCCAAGAGCAACUACAACUUCGAGAAGCCUUUUCUCUACCUUGCAAGGAAGCUCUCAGGGGACAUGAACCUCCGGUUUGUCGAGGAGACGGCCCUCCUGCCUGCCGAUGUCACUGUUGAUCUCAUCACGCAGCAACAGAUUGAGGCGGAGAUAGCAGCUGCCGCAGCAAUGCCCCUCCCAGAUGACGAUGAGGACAACAUGGACUGAGCUGAUCGACCGGAGGCUGUGCGUCUGUGCCUAGUUUAGUACUCUUGAAAGUAUUUCGUGAGACUUGCAUGUCUGUUUUUAGGCUUUCAGUAGGCUGGUUUCUCCAGUGGUCCAUAUGACUCUCUCAGCAGUAGUUGAUCUGAUGAGUUCGACUCUUGAGAUUUCGUUUGCAAGUAUACUUAAGAAAACCCAAAGAAUUUGAAGUUUAAAUCAGUUUCUGAUAUUCUGGA